GGAGAAAUCCAGAUGGCUUCCAUCCACUUUGGCGCUGAGCGCUACCCUCCUCUCUCCUCUCUUUCUCUUUCUUGCAGCUCGAUUCUUCUCUUCCAGGUUUUCUUGCGGCGAUGGCCUGCCUGGCCGUGGACAAUGCGUGGUGCCAUCGGUUCGAGGCCUCCAUCCCCGAAGCUCGGAGUGAUUUGAGCUCUCGGAUUGCGUUUCCAGCGUCGCGGCAGAGGAGAUUCCUCAAGUGUCGCAGUCGACCACGCCGAUCACAGUGGCUUCUCAAGGCCUCCGGGUCGGACGAUAAGUCAAAUUCCACUCCCAGUGGCACCAAGACUGCUGACAAGGAGGAAGAGAAAGCUUCGGAUUCGCAAGAAAAGCAGGAGGAGCAGCCACAGGAGAUCAAGCAAGAGAUGGAUUGGAAACAAGACGAGGAUUUCAAGAAGUUCAUGGGAAAUCCUUCCAUCGAGGCAGCGUUGAAGCUGGAGAAGAAGAGAGCCGAGCAAAGACUCAAGGAGCUAAACAACGAGCAGGGUGGCAACGUUUUCACGGGCUUGAUACAAAACAUAUCACGAAGUAUCGUCCAAAGAGAAAAGGAUAGGCUGGAGCAAGUCGAGCAGAAAUUCAAGGCACUGGAUCUUGGCAAGGUAUGCGUUCCUUUUUUUUUUUCUCUUUUGCUCUUAAAUGUGACUUUGCAGUUGAAAAGCUGCUUUGGAUACGAUACAUUCUAUGCGACCGAUGUUCGCCGCUUUGGAGACGGUGGAAUUUACAUUGGAAACUUGAGAAAGCCCAUCGAUGAAGUGAUCCCAGUAUUGAAAGAAAGGCUGGCCAAUGCCGCUGGAAGGGAAGUGACGAUCUGGUUUAUGGAAGAGGAGGAUCGGGAAGGCAACGACAUAAAAAAACAAGUUUGUGUCGUUCAGCCCAAGGAGGAAAUCGACCUUCAAUAUGAGCUUUCUUCACUGAACAAUGUUGCGGGGUACAUCAGCGCUUUGCUCCUCGGAGUCACAACUCUGGGAACAAUCUCGCUGACGAGUGGUUUUUUCUUGACACCAAACGCCACCUUUGACGAUUAUAUCGCUCGAGUUCUACCUCUUUUUGGUGGAUUUAUCACCAUUCUCGGUGUCUCAGAGGCUGCUACACGGCUUACUGCGAACAAGUAUGGCGUUCGUCUCAGCCCAUCAUUUUUAAUCCCUUCGACAUGGACUGGAUGCCUCGGCGUUGUAAACAACUACGAGUCCAUACUUCCCAGCAAGAAAGCACUCUUCGACAUUGCUGCUGCUAGAAUAACCAGUGCCUACGUUACGUCUUUUCUUCUUGCUGCAAUUGCGUUUUACCUCGACCAAAGCCUCAACGGUGGUGAUAACGCUCUGUAUAUAAGGCCGCAGUUCUUCUUCAAUAAUCCUCUCCUCUCCUUCAUCCAGUACGUGACUGGGCCUUACACUGACGAACUUGGAAACGUUCUUCCUCAAGCAGUGCCAGGUCUUGGUGUUCCGGUCGAUCCAUUAGCGUUUGCUGGCCUCCUUGGAAUCGUGGUGACUUCCAUGAAUCUCCUGCCCUGCGGGAGACUCGAAGGUGGCCGAAUCGCCCAAGCUCUCUACGGCAGGAGAGUGGCAAACAUUCUCUCUUUCUUCACAUCUCUAGCUCUCGGGGUUGGGGGCGUCACUGGGAGCGUGCUAAGCUUGACGUGGGGUUUCGUGGCUACGUUUUUCCGCGGCGGGGAGGAGCUCCCGGCUGAGGAUGAGAUCACACCACUUGGAACGAGCCGCUACAUCUGGGGGUACGCUCUUGCAGUCUUUUGUUUGCUCACGCUCUUUCCAAACAGUGCUGGAACUUUUCCCAGUGUUCUUUACACCCCACCAUUCUUUAGGGGCGAUGGUGGUUUCUAAGCUAAAAAACAAAUUUUGAUUAUUAAAAGCCAUAAACCAGCACCAUCUGCUAUAGUUUCUCAGAUGGAUUUGCAUA